AUGCCGCGCUUCAACGCGCCUCCGCCGCCUUACGCACGGGCCACAUAUGCCUUAAGGGCUAAGGAUAUUGUGGAAGUGCUCUGCCAUCGCAAAAAUGCCGGUGUAAGUAUCUACGCCAUCUAUACUUGCUAAUCCAGCGCGCUAAUCGGUGUAGGCGGAAGAAUAUCUCGUGAGGUGGGCCAUUGGCGGCCAAGCUGGACCGCGCGCGCGUUGCUCCUGGCACACCCUGCCGGAACUUUGGAGAGUCCUCUACUUGGUGCAGGAGUACAUUGAGAGUCGCCUUCAGCCUGAUAGGACUUCGGAGACCUCUUCAGAUGCGCUACAGCUGCCUGCGCUGCCUCAGAACAGAAAGCGAAAAUCGCCAGAUCCUGACCAUGCUUCGCCGCGUGAGCGUCGGGGCGAGCGAAACGAAAUACUUCGGCCGAAUGGGCUCCUGACGCCACACGACAAUCUUUCCCAAGCAUCACGUGCGUCCUCGGUCAUGAGUGUCGGGUCAUCGUUAGAGGCCGCACAUGCAUCUUCGGGACCGGACAACAACGAGCUCCGCUUGUACGGAGUCACACUACGCAAGAAGGAAGGGCAUCUGCUCGCCCAGAAGUGCAAUGAGUCCCCGCUACUUAAUCCGAGCAAACUACCAGAAGACUGGCUCCAGACCGCUUCUAUAACUCCCGUUGAUCAGGCCGAGAGGUUUAUGCGACAAAAGUUCCUCGAGAUGAUAAAGCCGGUCGGCAACGUGCGCUUGGAGAACAAGAUCGACUCUACGACGCCCUCACUAAACUUCACCUUCAUCGAUCGAUAUGUCUUCCAAAAUGGCAUCUAUGUGACACCGAUCGAAGCGGUGGAAGGCUGCCCUGCGCCGUGCAGAGCGAACAUGGGCGGCUUCUGCGGCUGCGAAUACACGCAGAAGUGCGGAUGCCUUGAGUACGCCGCUGUUGACGAGAUCAAUCUUCAGAAGAAAGACGGAGAGGUUUAUGAGGCGUGGAAGAAAGCCAGAGAAGACCGAGUUCAUUUCGACUCACUCGGCCUGCCCAAAAGAUUCCCGUAUUCGAAGAAAUCCAAGGACGCUGGCGCUCAUCGACCUCAAACACUUGUCUCGUACUAUCUGGAAUCUCGGAACAUCAUCUACGAGUGCAACCAGAAUUGUAAUUGCGGACCGGUGUGCAAGAGCAGACUGGUACAGAAAGGCCGAAAAGUACCACUCACAGUCUUCAAGACGAAGGACCGAGGGUGGGGAGUGAAAUGUGACGAAUAUCUCGUUCGCGGAGAGUUCAUCGACACAUAUCUUGGUGAAGUGAUCAGUCAAGAAGAAGCCGAUAGGAGGGAAGAAAAGGCUGGCGAGAUGAAGAACUCGUACUUCUUCGGACUGGACAAGUUCACGCGCGAUCCGAAUUAUGCUGCAUUUGCGGACAUCGACCCUGACGACUGCCAUGUCGUGGACGGACAACACAUGGGUGGUCCCUCUCGCUUCAUAAACCACAGCUGCGAGCCGAACUGCCGCCAAUACACCGUAUCGUACAACAAGAAUGAUCCAUACGUAUACAACUUGGCAUUCUUUGCAUACGACAAUAUCCCGGCCGGCGAGGAGCUGACUUUCGACUACAUGGAUGGUGACGAGGAAGAAGAGGAAGAAGCUGUUCGAAGGAGGGAGGAAGCGCUUCGGGAUCCCGCUAAUGCGCACAAGAUCCGGUGCAAUUGUGGUGCGAGAAAGUGCCGUGGAUUUUUGUGGUAG